UGCAAUCAUGAGGGAUCUCUUCCUCUUAGUCACUGGCUUCUGCCUGCUGGUUCCGACAUUGGGCACCAGCCUCAGUUCCUGUAGUAUCGUGGGUACUGCCAGCACGGGUACCUGGCAUCGGUACCAAUGGAACCAACCAGAUAUUCUUGGAUCGCCCUUCAAGUUCACAGUUAAGGCCAGAAACGACGCUUACAUCGGUUUGUCGCCCUACAAUCAUGACUACAACCCAAUGUACGAAAUCGUCCUUGGUGGGUGGAGCAACCAAUGGUCAGUCAUCCGCCGAAGGAAGCAAGGACCCAACCUGGUAGAAGUGAGGACACCAGGCAUUCUUUCGGCAUCAGUGAACAGAGGCUUCUGGGUCACUUGGUCUCGAGACGGAACUAUAUCUGUUGGCAAGAUGGGAGAGACUCACUCGUUCAUGCAGUGGAGAGAUCCUGUCCCGGUACCGAUCCGUCAUGUUGGGUACAGCACCGGAUGGGGAUCCAGCGGAUACUGGCGGUUUUGUGACUUCGACGAAUGCUCCAUUAACAACGGAGGCUGCGAGCACAUCUGUCGGAAUACCGUAGGAAGCUACGUCAACGUCGACUGUGCCUGUCGGGCUGGGUACCAGCUAUAUGGGUCGAGAUACUGCCGUAACGUGAAUGAAUGCAGCGCCAACAACGGGAAGGGUCCGUGUGACCCUAACCACGGCAUCUGCACGAAUUCUCAAGGAGGUUACCGCUGCUGGUGUGACGAUGGCUUUGCACAUCAGAGUGAUCACAGCUGCCGCUUGUUGCGCUCGGUCGCUGCUUCAGAGGAAACCGGGGUCUGCCCCAGAGGAACCUACAAGGCAGCAGACAACAUCACCUGUGUGAUGUGUGGCAACCAGGAAUACCAGGACGAGUUGGGACAGUCUUCCUGCAAGCCUUGUCCUGUCGGUACGAGCGCUGUCUCCAAGGGGGCGACAAGCAAAGAGGAGUGUGCGGCGCAAUGUGUCGGUGGUGAGGCACCUUGUGCAGACUGUCGUCUCAUUGGCGGGAAUGUUCAUUCAGCCAAAUGA